GGAGCCUCAGCCCGUCAGAGGAGCCCUGACACAGACCGAGCGAGCAGGGGACACAGCCGAGGAAACACGACAGUGGACAGGUUCUCUGUAGACCACGCGUCGUCCCGCUGGGGAUUUUGUUUCACUGUGUGGAUGAAGACGAGCGGACAGACUUUGUCUCCACCAGAGAUUUAAAAAUGAAUCGAAUAACGGGAAGAGCAGGAGGAGACAACCUGAUUGAGAUGAGCCCCACGGACUCUUUCAACGAUGAUAUAAAUGGCUACAGCCAACAUGCCUCGUCCAGCACAGGAUCUUUCCAGCAGGGACAGUCAGCGUCUUUUGUAACGCCUGAUGUGUGUGUAGAGACCUGUGAGUCUCUCAGCACCAGCCUGGCCUCCCUGGCCUCCUCUGACCACAGCGACAAUCCACAGCUUGAGGCUCAGACCUUAGAGCGAAUCAAUGCUUUGACCGGGCUCUCGAGAAAGCGGGCUCUUUUCCUGAAGUUUCGUUCAAGGAUUGACAAACAACAACAGAGUAAAGACUCUGUGUUCUUCCGUGAUGGGCUGCGAAGGAUUGACUUUGUCUUGUCCUAUGUGGACGACAAAGCUGGCGAGAGAAAACAGGAGAGGAGGAGGGUGUAUGAGGCCAAUUUAGCCAAAGUUGGUCUGGAGCUGGAGACAGAAGAUAAAUCAGAGUCAGAAGAUGGGAAGACUUAUUUUGUGAAGAUCCACGCUCCAUGGGAAGUGUUGGCCACCUACGCAGACGUGCUUAAGAUCAAGGUUCCGUUCAAGGUCAACGACAUCCCAGACAACACAGAGAUGCCCAUGAACUGGCUGUCCACCCCGUUCCGUCUGCCCGAGACCAUCAUGCACCCUGAGCCGGACUUCUUCACCGCUCCUUUCGACAAGAGCAAGUCUGACUUCUUCCUCAUCGAUGACAAAGAGACAUUCUUCCCCCCUUCCAAUCGCAACAGGAUCGUCUACUACAUCCUGUCUCGCUGUUCAUACUUGAGGGAGGAAUGUGGAGAUAAAGACAAAAAGGGAAUCAAGAGGCUACUCAACAAUGGCACCUACACUGCUGCCUUUCCCCUGCACGAUUGUAGAUACUGGAAAAAAUCCAGGGACCUUCACUGCGAGAGUGAGAGAUACAGUCUGUACAAACACUGGGCCAGAUUCCUCUUUUUCUUCAAGGAGCAACCCCUCAACCUUGUCAGGAAAUACUACGGAGAGAAGAUCGGUAUUUAUUUUGCCUGGCUGGGUUUCUACACUGAGAUGUUGUUGUUUGCUGCAAUAGUUGGUACGAUUUGUUUCGUCUACGGAGUCCUCACUUACAAGGACAAUGAGUGGAGUAAAGAAAUAUGCAGUGCGGAGAUUGGAGGCAAGAUCGUCAUGUGCCCACUGUGUGACAAGAAAUGUGGCUUCUGGAAACUCAACUCAACAUGUAACUCCUCAUGGCAAUCACACCUAUUUGACAAUGUGGGAACUGUGUUUUUUGCGAUAUUCAUGGGGAUAUGGGUGACGCUGUUCCUGGAGCUCUGGAAGAGGCGGCAGGCUCGUCUAGAGUAUGAGUGGGAUCUGGUCGACUUUGAGGAGGAGCAACAGCAGCUGCAGCUCCGGCCAGAGUACGAGACCAAGUGCUCCAAACGCAAGCUGAACCACAUCACUCAGGAAAUGGAGCCAUACUUACCCAUAACAAGCAAGUGUGCACGCUUAUGUCUAUCUGGAGCCACUGUCAUUUUCUGGAUUUCGUUGAUCAUUGCCUGCAUCAUUGGCGUAAUAGCGUACCGCCUGGCAGUGUACGCCGCCUUCGCCAGCAUCAUGAAGGACAACCCCACCACCCAGCUGCAUGUGGUCGGCCCCUACAUCACGCCACAGCUGGCCACCUCUGUCACCGCCUCCUGCAUCAACUUUGUCAUCAUCAUGAUCCUCAACCUCAUGUAUGAGAAGGUGGCUAUUUGGAUCACAGAUAUGGAAAUUCCAAAGACACACCUGGAGUAUGAGAACAAGUUGACGGUGAAGAUGUUCCUCUUCCAGUUCGUCAACUACUACUCCUCCUGCUUCUACGUGGCCUUCUUCAAGGGCAAGUUUGUCGGCUAUCCUGGAGAAUACGUCUACAUGUUUGGCGAGUGGAGCAAACUGAGGAAUGAAGAGUGUGACCCCGGUGGUUGUCUUAUUGAGCUGACCACCCAGCUGGUGAUAGUGAUGACUGGUAAACAGGUGUGGGGCAACAUCCAAGAGGCUCUGGUCCCGUGGCUGAUGAACUGGUGGGGCAGCAGGAAGGCACGGAAACACCCAGAGAGUCUUUACAGCCGCUGGGAGCAGGACAACGAUCUGCAGUGCUUUGGACAGCUGGGUCUUUUCGACGAGUACCUGGAAAUGGUGAUCCAGUUUGGUUUCAUCACGCUUUUCGUCGCCUCCUUCCCCCUGGCCCCGCUGCUGGCACUGAUCAACAACAUCAUUGAAGUAAGAGUGGAUGCCUGGAAGCUGACCACUCAGUACAGACGCCCAGUGGCAUCCAAGGCCCACAGCAUCGGGGCCUGGGAGGAAAUCCUCAGCGGGAUCGCCGUCCUCUCCGUUGUCACAAAUGCGUUCAUCGUGGCCUUCACCUCUGAUAUGAUCCCUCGGCUCGUGUACAUGUAUGCCUAUCACCCAGAUGGUGAGAUGAAUAUGAAAGGCUACAUAAACAACAGCCUGUCGUCUUUCAAUAUAUCUGCGUUCCCACUGGCCAACAGCCCUGAGGAAGGGGAGAACCCUGCUUGGUUCAACAGCUCCAUCACCUCCUGCAGGUAUCGUGAUUUCCGCUACCCUUCGGGCCACGAGAAGGAGUACUCCCACACCAUGCAGUUCUGGCAUAUUUUGGCUGCCAAGCUUGCUUUCAUUAUCAUCAUGGAGCAUGUCGUGUUCAUGGUGAAGUUCUUCGUGGCCUGGAUGAUCCCAGAUGUUCCCUCUGACGUGAGGGCUCGAGUGAAGAGAGAGCGCUACCUGGUCCAGGAAUAUCUCCACAACUACGAGGUGGAGAAGCUGAAGAAGCAACUCAGCCACAACAACUGUAGCAAUGACUGUAGCUGCGAGCCCAUGAUCUAUCCAUCUUUAUCCAAGCAUGAGGUGCUGUCAGAGUGUCUCUAGCCCAGCGAGCUGCUUCUGGAUCAGCUGGACAAGAUGGGAUGACAUGGUGAUGUGUAGAUUGACCUGCUUAUGUAUUAUGAUACAUCUCUUUACCGCAGUGCUUGUGUUGUUUGUGCAGUACACACACAGACCGUUAUCGAACAGCUAUAGAGGUUUCCAUCAUUCACAGCCAUGCUGCUGAUUGUGAAGUGCACACAAUGACCACAUCUCCAUGCAUGUUGACUUAAAAUUUAAAUGCUGUCUUAUAUUUAUGGCUUUUUUCACUCAUUUUUGUAAUUAUAGUGAUGAGGAUCAUUCAGAUCUUGUGUCGAAAAGACUACUUAUUUAAUUGCCACCAUACUUAACCAAAGACUGGAUGCCUUUAUAUAACACAACCACUGUUUUUAUAUAUCUGCCAGUAGACUAUCAAUAUUAUUUGGAAACUGAUUUUGCUUAUUUUCAAUUUUUGAAUAUUUGUUUGUUUGUAUGUACGGUGAUAUGAAGGGUUCCAGUGUCAUGUACUAAAAGUUAAUGCUGGACUUUUUUUUUUUUUAUUGUCACAAAUGUGAGUAUUGUUUAUUUGACAUUAUUGUGGUCAUGACACAGAAGUAACACACUUUUACCAAAUGAUUUUCCUCACCCUAGUGGCUUUAAAAGAAUCCUGCUCUGACCUUGUUACAGCCCAACACUUGCUCCAGGUCGAAAACCGACUUGUGAAGUAGGUUUUUAUGAAGAGAAACGUGUACUGCUGUUAUUACUGUGAGUACAGGCAAGAUUUUUGUCCUGAGAUGGCCAGUUGUUGAGCAGCUGCAGCAGCUGUCGACUGUUGACAGUGAGACUUGUUCCUGGAGAUGAGAAGCAAAAAGCCCUGAGAGGGUGAAGAGAUCCCUUUUUAAUGUGCCUCUGUUUACCAACACGUUAGAGCUAAUGAAAGCCUGCAGCCCCCGCCUACUCAACUAUGUGUGCUUCAUUACACAAAGCACAUCAGCCUCCCGGUUUCCUCAGCUGUGUCUUUGUGGUGAAGGAAAGAUACACACAUUUUUUUUUUAUUUUGCACAAAGCACUUAAUAAAAGCUCACUACCAAGACAUAAACAUGUCAAUCUGUUUGUUGUCCUUCCACCACAUAAUGAUAAUCAGUGUUUCAAACUAGAAGUGUGCGAUGGUCUUUGUUUAUUUACAAAGAGUUUUACUGUAGUAAGGAGUUUCUUGUUCUGAGCAUUGUUAUUGGGGUUAAACAAAGAUAAAAUGUAGCGUUUUGUAAGGAUUCACAUUUGAAUGCAUACAUGCAAGUGAAGAGUAGAACUGAAGUAUUUUAAGUUAAUGUUAAUGUAAAACUGCUUUAAACUCAGGCAACUAAACCCUUUUUGCAGGUGUGACCACUCCAGCAAAAUUGGUCUGUUCUAGUUUUUCUUGCUGAUCUAUGCCUGUUGAUGCCUUAAUAAAUCCAACAACCUUGUUCUCUUUAUUUUAUUUCUUUAACUUUUUUUCCUAAUGUCUGUAUCCUUGUUAUGCUUUGAUAACAUUUGAUUUUAUACUGUUAACAUACAUGAAAAGGGUGAACCUGUUUACUUUAUGCUGAAAGUUUCAUAUUUUCAUCCAUUUAGUUCCGACAUUUUUGUAAUGUUCAUAUUCACAAAUGUGUAAUGCAAAAAAAGGCUAUUCUCCAAAAUAAAGUACCUGUUGAACUUGA